AUGGCUUCAGACGAAGACUACACUUCCUUCCUUGAAAAAGCAAACCAACCCACCGGCGCCGCCACCGCCAGCACCACCUCCGCGAUCUCCAAACUCCCAAACCAAGCCGACCUCCCAUCUCAAUCCUCCAAUAUCCCUCCUGCCCUCAAGUCGCUCGACGUUGCGUUUACAUCCGAAUCCGAUGAGCCUUUCGAGCCCUUCGCUGUCCCUUACCCUGGCUCCUCGUUACCCGAUGCGGCGGAGUUCGCGAAGGUGAUCAAGCAUGAGAAGGGGCAGGCCGGGGUGGAAGAGUUGAGUGUCAAAGAUUUUGAUCCGAGUGGGGAGUAUGCUGAGGUUCUGGAGAAGGUAGCGGAGGCUGCGAGAAAUAGGGGGGAGGUAAAAUGCUUUAGGGUGGAUGCUGGGAGGAGUACAAAGGUGUUGUAUUAUGUUGUUGGGUUGGAUAGGGAGAUGGGCAGGCUUGUGGGCGUUAGGGCAGUGAGUGUGGAGAGCUGA